AUGGCUUCAAUUUCAUUGAGAUACUCCCAUGUCUCCCACUCGUCAUCCAUUGGUGUCGUCGAUGAAGCUGCAGUGUCAGACGUCAGCUUGGAUGGAGCAUGCAGCCCUUCAAUGGCACCAUCUCACUCACCUUGGACGUGGACAAGUUUAUAUUUUGGAAGCAACGCUUUUAAUAUCCACGAGGUUGAUUGGCGUCUGCAAGUGGCACUCGACUAUGCUAAUUGGCGUAUUCACCUGAGCUUCGACAACGACGCACUCGACCCGGUUUUUGCGCCUAACGCGGGAGCACUAGCACUCGCUACAUGCGUGAAAGAAGCACAUUGGCUUGUGCAGAUCCUUUAUACGUCGUUUGUCCUGUUUCAUUGGGACUUGGAGCUACAAACACUUUGA